AUGGCUGACUCUGACAGAUCGAAGUUUCCACGACUGGGUGAUCCUACGAGCGACUUGGGACGCUUGUGUGAGCGGGCACUGAGUGAAGCGAGUGUGCAGCUUGCGGGUCAGGCUACUUUGAAGUUACCUUGGGAGAAGGGCAUUUAUGCCGAGAUUUUCAGUGGUAGCGAGCUGCCUAAGAUGCCUGCCUUACCUGUGCCUGCUACAUUUCCAGUCGUAGAUGUUGCGAGACCUGGGACCCAUCACAGCGAAGCCUUGAAGCAGACAUCUGAUCCACUGCCGAAAUUCGAGAGUGCAGUCUACAAGCAUUGUCUGCAUAAAUCAAUUAUUGCUGCUGGUGGAAGACCUGGGACAGAUCGAGAUGCCGUCUACAGACGCUGGCUUUGCAUUCUGGGUCAUAAUCUUGCUGGCUCAAAGAUUGGGGAGUUCAUUGCUGAUGGUGCCGAAGACCCUCUUGUUUUGGUCUCUGAUGCUUUUGGAGGGAAAAGUACGAGCACCCUACUUAAGAGAGCCAGGUUUGUCACCCGGAUGCUUACGUGGGCGUCUGAGCAUAGUCAGACGUUUUUUCCGCUGCGGCUUGGACCCUUGCUUUCUUUCAUGCGCAGUUUGACAUCGGAGAGUGCCAAGGCCCAGUGUGGAGCGACAGUCAAUUUCCUUGUUCAUGUCCUUGGAGUACAUGGCGAUCUGGAUAUCUUGAAGCAUCCUGUAAUCCAAGGGCUUCUACGGGGGUCUCGGUCAACAGGGAAAGAGAUCAAGCAGUCCAGGGUGCUCACUGUCCGGGAAGUUAUGGCGCUCGAAGAUAUGCUCAGUGAUGUAUCCCUUGAUCCUGUUGAUCGAUAUGGUGCAGGAGUUUUUCUCUUCCAGAUUUACAGCCGGGCAAGAGUGUCCGACAUCAGGAACAUCCAUCGCUUUGAGCUCGACCUGAGUGGAGAUGACGGGUACCUCGAGGCGAAGACGAUGGAUCACAAGAAUGCGACCAGAGGACGUGGGCUGGGGCAGAGCUUGAUUCUCGUUGCUCCGGUUCAGGGCCUGCGGGAUAAGGCGUGGGGUAUCCAGUUCAUCGAGGUUGCAAAGAUGGUUGGGUUCAACCUCCGACAGGGGCAUCGUGGACCUUUGUUACCUAGACUUACUGCCGAGCGCCAGUGGUCAGGGGAGGCGAUCGGGUCCGAUGAGACUACAUCGUGGCUCAACGAUCUGUUGAAUCGCGCUCUGAGUGAGCAAGUUGAGUCAGGACUAACAUCCCAUGGAUUAAAGGCAACAACCCUCUCCUGGAUGACGAAGGCUGGGUAUCCCGAAAAGUCGUGCCUCAUUUUGGGACAUCACGCGAGAGCGGGGAAGAAAUCUCUUUACACACACGGCAGAGACGUGCAAGCUAAACCAUUACGUGAACUACAGGAUUGCAUUCGUCUCAUCAAGCGUAAUGUGUUUGCUCCGGACUCUACUCGAAGUGGCAUGUUCAACUCGAGCGAGAGCAGACAUGUACCAAAGGAUGAAGUUAAAGAUCCCCUUAUUCUCGCCGCUGAGCAGUUCCGUUGUGGCGAUCCUGAUGAAGUCAUUGACUCUGGAGGUGAUGUCGGAAAUGAACACGAGCCCUCGCUCAAGGAAGGAAAGCCGGCUGACGCGUGUGAUGUUGAGCCUGAGCAGGAUGCUGAGGAUUCCGACUCGAGUACCUCUAGUUCUUUAGGAUCUUCUGAUGACAAUGCCGAAGCCUAUGAGAGUUUCGCCAGUGAUGCUGCCCUUGACUGUGCUGACCUAGUGGUCUUCAUUGAGAAUUGCGAGGGCUAUGGGUUGGGCGAGGGCUUCGGGCCUGCGCAGCACAUUGUGCUUGCACUCGCAGUUUACUAUCGCUCAUUGUGUGAAAGGCUGGGCGAGGGCUUCGGGAUUGCACUGCGCAUUGACGAGUGCGACCACAUGGCAGGAAUCCUUGACUGGCGUGAGUACCGAAUUGAGCCAAAAGGUGUGUGGAACCUGGUGAUGACACAUUUGUCACCCAUGUGCGAUUACGACUUGUGGGCAGCUUCGAGCUGA